AUGGCUUCACCAACUACCCUGACCAAGCAGCAAAAAUUCAGAGGCGGCGUCUGGGCCGUGGCCUUUGCCGCCAUCAUCAUGGUUGGCACCCUAACCGGCGCACAGCUCAAGUCGGACAAGCAAAAAGAGCAGUCCAUCAAGGAGUUUCGCCAGAUUACUCCCAGCGAACAAAUCGCCAUGCUCGAGAAGCAGCGAAGCACUCUUGUCGAGCAAAGGUCAGUUUUGCAGAAGAAGCUGGACGUCUUCAGGGAGCGUGUCCAAGAGAGGCAGCAAGAACAGGAGAAUUCCAAGAAACGAUAG